AUGUUGAUGGUAAUUACCAAAUCGAUUUUAUUCGUAACCGUUAUUACGAAUUUAUCUGCGUUUUCGGUAUCUCAAAGGAGUGGAGAGAUACCGUUCUCUAGUUGCAACGAAAACGCAAAUUUCACUAUAAACAGUGUAUACCAAACAAAUCUUGACGAAGCAUUGUCAUCCGUGAUCACCCAUGAUCCCAACAACACAUACGGCUUCUACAACCGGUCUGUUGGUAACACACCCAAUCAAGUCAAYGUGAUCGCMCUAUGUAGAGGUGAYGUUGAACAAGACGAGUGCCACAGGUGCAUACGUAAUUGUAGUUCAACGCUAAGAGCGUUAUGCCCUAACCAAAAGGGUGCGAUUUUCACAUACGAGAGAUGUAUGCUAAGAUAUUCUGAUGAGACCAUUCUUGGCAAUAGAAACAGCUGGGAAGGAUGGGACUUGGCACACCCUCAAAACGCAUCRAACAUGGUCCAAUUCAAUCAAAGGCUCGAUCAGUUGUGGGAACAACUAAGAAGUGAAGCUUCGAGCGGUGGGUCUCUCCGUAAAUAUGCUUCCAACGAGGUAGAUGGCCCGAGGUCGAGCAAGAUUUUUGGGCUCAUGCAAUGUACACCAGAUUUGUCUCUAACUGAGUGUGAUAUUUGCUUGAGUGAUGCAAUCAACCGUAUACAGAUUUGUUGUGAUGGUAAACGUGGAGCAAGAGUUGUAUAUCCUAGUUGCAAUAUCAGGUAUGAAGAUUACCGCUUCUUUAACGCUACGAUGAUUCUUGAGCAACCACCAUCGGCGCCAUUGCCGCCAUCGUCACCGCUGGCACCAUCAGGUAUAUACCGUAAUAGCACGACGAUUAUAGUCGUUGUCGUCGUUGCAACCGUUAGUGUUCUGUUAUUGGUGGUGGUCUUCUUUUGUGUCUUCAUAAGAAGAAAAAGGAAGUUGCAACCAGAGAAUUUGGGUGGGUUGGUUUUUCACGAAGACGCGGAUCUUGAUGAAAUUAUUACAGCCGAAUCGUUGCAACGUAGCUUUGGUGAUAUUAGAGCAGCCACCGAUGACUUCUCGGAGAACAAUAAGCUUGGAGAAGGUGGAUUUGGUUUGGUUUAUAAGGGUAAGUUACGAAAUGGACAAGAGAUAGCAGUGAAGAGGCUGUCAAAGGAUUCGGGACAAGGCGAACUGGAAUUCAAGAACGAGGUCUUGUUACUUGCAAGGCUCCAACAUCGGAAUUUGGUUCGUCUCCUAGGGUUUAGCCUAGAAGGGUCCGAACGGCUUUUGAUGUAUGAGUUUGUACAAAAUGCAAGUCUCGACCAGUUUAUAUUUGAUCCAGUGAAGCGAGUAAUUCUAGAUUGGGAAACACGAUACAAAAUAAUACAAGGUGUUGCAAGGGGACUUUUGUAUCUACACGAGGAUUCACGACUAAAAAUAAUUCAUCGAGAUAUGAAAGCCAGUAAUAUUUUAUUGGAUGCCGAUAUGAAUGCUAAAAUUGCAGAUUUUGGUAUGGCAAGAUUGUUCAAACCUGAAGAAACCCAAGGCAACACUAAUCGAAUUGUCGGAACCUAUGGAUACAUGGCACCAGAGUAUCUAACGCAUGGAAAAUUUUCAAUUAAGUCGGACGUCUUCAGUUUUGGUGUUCUGGUACUCGAAAUUGUAACGGGUCAUAAAAACCACAGACUUCAAAACGGAAUGAUGACGGAAGAUCUUAUUAGCCAUGUAUGGAAAUGCUGGAGAGAUGGAACGGCUACAAGUUUAAUUGAUCCAACACUAAAUGAUGGUUCUAAUUCCUUAUGUGAUACGAUCAGAUGCAUCCACAUAGGUCUAUUAUGUGUUCAAGAAGACGUUACAGAGAGACCAACAAUGGCUUCAGUCGUUCUCAUGCUUAAUAGCCUCUCUAUAACCCUGAAGGUCCCUUCACAACCUGCUUUUUUCAUGCGUACAUUCAUGAAUUACGAGAAAUACUUUUUCGAAGAGUACAGCUCGAGUAAAAGUGAUCCUUACUCUUUAAAAAAUUGCAUUGCAAACGUCAAUUUCACUAGAAACAGUGCAUACGAAAUAAAUCGUGAUGAAGCUUUUUCAUCCGUGAUCACCUCCGAUCCCAACAAUACAUACGGCUUCUACAAUCGCUCCGUUGGUGAAACCCCUGAUAAAGUCUACGUGCUCGCACUAUGUAGAGGUGAUAUCGAACGAGACGAAUGUCAGAGGUGCAUAAACGACUACGGUGCAAGACUACGAGAGUUUUGCCCUAACCAAAAGCGAGGAAAUAUAAUUUACGACACGUGCAUGAUAAGGUACUCCAAUCAGAUCCUUCUGGGCAGUUCAAACAUUAUCGAUGGAUGGGAUAGUGAGGACGGAUGGGACGCAGAAGACCAUGAAAACGCGACCGACAUCGACCAAUUUAAACAAGCGCUUGAUCGGUUGUGGGCACAACUACGAGACGACGCUUCAAGUGGCGGGUCUCUCCGUAAAUACGCUUCCAACGUCACAGAUGGCCCGAGGUCGACCAAGAUUUAUGGGCUCAUGCAAUGUUCACCGGAUAUUUCGGCAACCACGUGUUAUAAUUGCUUGAGUAAUGCAAUCAAUCGUACACGAAGCUGUUGCGAUGGAAGACGUGGGGCAAGAGUCCUAUAUCUUAGUUGCAAUAUUAGGUAUCAAGAUUACCCCUUCUUUAACGCUACGGUGAGUCUUGCACCGCCCCCAUCGGCACCAUUGCCUCCAUCGGUGUUGCCCCCAUCGACGUUGCCCCCAUCAGGCAAGCGUAAUAACACAACUAUUAUAGUCGUUGUCAUCGUCGUUGCAACUGUUGGUCUUCUGAUACUGAUGGUGGUCUUCUUCUGUGUCUUCAUAAGAGCAAAAGGAAAGUUGGAAGGAUUGCAACCAGAUAAUUCAGUUCACGAAGACAUGACAGAUCUCGAUGAAAUUAUCACAGCCGAGUCAUUGCAAUGUAGCUUUCGUGAUAUUAGAGCAGCCACCAAUGAUUUCUCGGAGAACAAUAAGCUUGGACAAGGUGGAUUUGGUUCGGUUUACAAGGGUAAGUUACGAAAUGGACAGGAAAUAGCAGUGAAGAGGUUGUCAAAUAAUUCAGGACAACGCGAACUAGAAUUCAAGAACGAGGUAUUGUUGCUUGCAAGGCUUCAACAUCGGAAUUUGGUUCGUCUCCUAGGGUUUAGCCUAGAAGGGUCCGAACGGCUUUUGAUGUAUGAGUUUGUACAAAAUGCAAGUCUAGACCAGUUUAUAUUCGAUCCACUGAAGCGAGCAACUCUAGAUUGGGAAACACGAUACAAAAUAAUACAAGGGGUUGCAAGGGGACUUUUGUAUCUGCACGAGGAUUCAAGACUAAAAAUAGUUCAUCGAGAUAUGAAAGCCAGUAAUGUUUUAUUAGAUGCCGGUAUGAAUGCUAAAAUUGCAGAUUUUGGUAUGGCAAGGUUAUUCACACAUGAAGAAACCCAAGGUAACACCAGUCGAAUUGUUGGAACCUAUGGAUACAUGGCACCGGAGUAUGUAAUGCAUGGACAAUUUUCAGUUAAGUCGGAUGUCUUCAGUUUUGGUGUAUUGGUACUCGAAAUUGUAACGGGUCAUAAAAAUCAUGGUUUUCAGAACGGAAUGGAAGACCUUCCUAGCCAUGCAUGGAAAAGUUGGAGAGAUGGAACAAGUACAAGUAUAAUUGAUCCGACGCUAAAUAAUGGUUCAAAUUCCUUACGUGAUAUGAUCAGAUGCAUCCACAUAGCUCUAUUAUGUGUUCAAGAAGAUGUUAUGGAGAGACCAACUAUGGCUUCUGUCGUUCUCAUGCUCGGCAGCCUCUCUCUAACCCUCGCGCUCCCUUCGGAACCUGCUUUUUUCAUGUGUACGUUCACGAAUUUCGAUGAACACUUUUUCGAAGAGUACGCUUUAAGUAUAAAUGACUCUCGUCCUUCCAAAAAGUAA